UCUCUCCUCCCUGUGGCUGCCAGUAUGGUCGUACUGCGAGGAAUCCCCUCUGUUUUAUCACCUGAACUGCUGUAUGCUCUCGCUAAAAUGGGCCACGGGGAUGAACUGGUUCUUGCUGAUGCUAACUUUCCAGCAUCUUCCAUUUGUGCUAGCGGUCCAAAAGAGAUACGAGCUGAUGGUUUGGGAAUCCCACAGCUUUUGGAGGCAAUUUUGAAGUUGUUGCCCUUGGAUACCUAUGCCCCCUCUCCGGCUGCAGUCAUGGAUCUGGUGGACAGUGACAAACAGAGAUGUUUACCUGUCCCUGUGUGGGACACCUACACACAGCUGCUCGGUCAGGCUGGCUCUAAGACUCCUCUUGAGAAGGUGGAGAGGUUUGCUUUCUAUGACCGAGCCAAGAAAGCCUACGCCGUUGUAGCAACAGGGGAAACAGCUCUGUACGGUAACCUGAUACUGAAGAAAGGGGUCAUUCCUGCUGAGCUGCUACAGUGACACACAGGCGCACACACAUUAAAGGGACUAAGAUCUAAUUAUGUUAUUCACAACUGCAAUUCUUUAUCAAGAAAAUCAGGAGAAGUGGAAUAUUUUUGCAUAAAGUGAAUUUGUGAGUUAUAUCCUUUUUUUUAUUAAUGUGUAAUUAAUGCUGUGAAUAUGAUCUAAUCUCCAGUUGACAUGGAGCAGAAAUAUUUUUUUGUAACUAACAUCUUGUACACACAUUUCAAUAAAU